AGCAAAUAAUUUCAAGGCUUGACCCGACUAGAGUAACUAGAACAAUUUAUGGAAGAAUUAACAGAGAAGAAUUUGUGGAUUUUCUUGAGGUCAAGAAAGACGGUUUUUCUUUAGGUCUCUGUCUCAGGGAUUAAAGUCACUUUAUCAUCUCUGCUGCUGAUUCUUCCACAGCCAAACCCGUAGAAAUUAAGAAAUAAGAGUCUUUUGAUUUCAAAUAUGUAUGAUUUAGGUUAUUCAGCAUAUUAGAUGACACCUGAAAAUUACCUAGUGAAAAGAGUUUUCUGUGCUUUCAUUUUUUUGCAAGUGUGUGCCUUGCCAGCUUCUCAGAUGAUUUUAACAGGCCUCAGGCACACACAGUUAUCAGUUAGCACUUUUCACCUGAUGGGCCUCUUUGAGCAUUGGGGUUGGGGUAAUCAGGAGAGUCUCAGGUUUUAGUUGGUUGACACUGUGGAAACCACCCCGUGGGUGAUCUAACGAAGUAGCAAAAUGAAGGCAGCUGAGCAUGGGAUGCCAUUAUAAAAUCACUUAAGCUGUUCCCACUUCCUAUGUCCCAAGGAGUCCUGGGCUGGGGGUCUGCUCACAUGGAGGUCUCUAUGGCUUCAGAAAUCUUGAUUCUCCUUGCUGCCUUGAUUUGGCCUUGUGCUGAGAACAUCAACGUGAAAAUAAGUUGUUCUAUGGACUGGCUGAUGGUCUCUGUAAGCCCAUGUGCAAACAGCAGCAAUUUGUAUAUAUUUGCUGAUGAAUUAUAUCUGGGAUCGGGUUGCCCUGUGCCUCGGAUACAAACAUAUGCCUAUGAUUUUAUAUACCCUGUGCAUGACUGUGGGAUCAGGACAAAGGUUGUUUCAGAGGAUACUCUCCUUUUUCAAACAGAGGUGUACUUUAACCCUAGGAAUAUACAUUGUGACCAUCAGAAAAUCCCUUUGGAAUGUUCUGCCUCUAGGAAAUCAGUGUGGCUUACACCAGUUUCUACAGAUAAUGAAAUAAAUAAAAUUGGAUCCUUUAUUCCUGAUUUUGAGACAACAGCAGAAGAGUUAGGAUUAUUAAAUUCUAGUCAAACUGACUCCAUAUUUACAGAGAAAUCGAAACUUGGAAAUUGGGCUCAUGAAUUUUGUUGGAAAAACAAUGGUUUUAUACAAAAAUAAUUGCUAUAAACCUUUCUUUAGGUAUCUGAUCCCUAAAACCCCUAAUUCAGUGAAGGUCCUGAUUCAGUGAAGGUGAAUUUUUAGAUACUUUUAUUUAUUAGGGAUAUGUCUUAUUAAUUUAAUGUUGACUAUCAGAUAAUCCUAUUACCCAUUAAAUUUUAUUUUUAGUUCUAUAGAGUAGAUUCAGAAAUAGGUCUUCAAUGACAACAGGAUUUAAUUGAUACAAACCUCCAAUAAAUAUUUUCUAAAUACAGUUUUUUGAAGAAUAGAAAAAUAGAGAUAGGUAUGUAAAUGUGCUAGAGACUAAAAUUUAACAUACUAACUCCCAGGAAAGCCAAAGUCCUUUUAUAAUGAAGAUAGUUUAACUUGUGUGUCUUUUCCUAAUUAAUUAGUAAAGUUGAGUCUUAAAAGUAAUUGAAUAUACUUCAUAUUUGAUUAUUAAAGAAGGAAAUUAGGGGCUUCCCUGGUGGCUCAGUGGUUGAGAGUCUGCCUGCCGAUGCAGGGGACACGGGUUCGAGCCCUGAUCUGGGAGGA